UGGUCCGCGUCCUUGUCGACCCACUCUCUCGGUCUCCACUCACGACCACUCUCGUCUUUCUCCUCCACCGAAGUCUUUCAUUCCUUUUUUUUUUUUUUUGCCUUUUCUCUUUUUGCAUGGAUCGCAUAGAGCUUUGCCAUUCAUGAUCGCCUCCAAAAGGGCAGCUUUCAUGAGUUUUCCAGCAAGAUCCUUUAUUUCAACGACCUCUUAGCUUCCCGUUAUGGACACAGGUACGCGAACUUGUCCUGAUUUUCGUCUGCUGGAUUCAGUUUCUAUCUCCUGGAUUAUAGUUUGGUUUCCUUGUAGCGAAUUGCUAUUUGCAUGUUGAAAUUGGGCGAGUUUGUCGGAUUUUUCGCUUUCUUUGGUGGUUUGAUUUUUGGUGUUUGCCUUUUUCUUCUUGUUAAAUUCCUCUCUGUGAAGUGAUUAUUUUGUGUUGAUCAAUCAAAAUUGUAACUUGUACUAUGAAAGGCUUUUUCUUUAUCUUCGAGUUCAGACUUCUGAGCACGGCGGCCAUCAACCUUUCUGGAUUGGAUAAUCUGUGACUAUUGUGGCAAAAGACGAAUACGCUCGUCCCAGCGUUCCCGUCAACCCGUCCCGAGAAAUGAUAACCACCUGCCUGCUGCAAUUGGAGCGAACAAAUUGCAUUAGAUGGACUGCGAAAUAUUCUACAACAGCCUGCCAUUGUUGUGUUGCAGAGUUAUUUUGCUGGAUUGCAAACAAAACUCUGGUGAUCAUUACUGCAAAUGGGGGCUGCAAACUCGAAGAUUGAAGAAGAUAAGGCCCUCGUACUGUGUAGAGAGAGGAAGCGAUUUGUCAGACAAACUCUUGACGAGCGGCGCUCGCUUGCAGAUGCUCAUGUUUCCUAUGUUCAGUCCCUAAGAAAUGUUGGAAUUGCAUUUAGAAAAUUUGUAGAUUCUGAAGCUUCUGUUGAUUCUUCCUGGAAUGUAUCAACUUCUUCGACAACUGAGCCUCUUGCUAUAACAGAUAGGCAUAUGCAUAUCACGAACGCAUCUCCAUCUCUUUCACAACGUGUGCAGAGAACUGAAUCAUUUUCUCCAGUUCCUUCUCCUCAUUCAUCUGGACGCUUGCAUGUCAAUGAGAUGAAACCUGGAAUAAAUUCUUAUGUGAUCGUAGAGGAAAAUCCUCCAACAUCGGUUAUAGCCACUUUAGAAACCUCAUUUAGCACUCCAAAGCACAUUACGUCGAAGUCUGAUGAGAUUUCUUCCAUUGAAGUUCUCCCAACCCCUCUUGACGCUAAGAGAUGGGAUUAUUUUGAUACUCCUCAGCUUCCAUCUCAGAAUAGGAGAGAAUUAAACCAUUGCUUUGAUGAUGCUGAUGGAAGUAGCAGCUUUAAAAACGAGGGCAUACCAAAAUUGGGAGAUAAAGACACAGCCUCCGUAGGUGAGGAUAAUGAGUUGCCGUCAGAAGAUGAUUUUGACCAACAAUCCAAUGAACCAUUGGUUCAAAUGUUCAGAAAUCGAAAUCUGAUUUUGGAACAAGAAAUAGAAAGGAAUGCUACAAACAUCCAAUCUAUAAAAGAUGCAAUUCCUGAAAAAAAAUAUCUGUCUGGGGAUGCUAUUAAGAUCCCAGAUGGAAACUCUGGAGAUGAUGUGCCUACUGAAACAGCUUCAAUGGAAGCUGCACUUCCUGUAAAUGGAAAACCCAAGGAAUCUAUGCCAGAAACUAAUCAUGUUGUAAGGGACUUACUGUCAUGGGUGAAAGAAAUUGAAGAGCUAUUUCUGAAAGCUUCUGAAUCGGGAACAGAAGUUCCAAGGAUGUUGGAGGCAAACAAAGUACAAUUCCCACCUUUCUUUCCUGAAAGAAAAGCUCACAGAACCAAGGCAUCUACAUUCGUUGCACCCUUUUUUGUUUGUUGUACAGAAGAAACACCUCACCCACAAGUUUCUGAUUCAAGUGAAGUGAAGUAUUUAACAUGGCAUAGCUCAGUAUCAUCACUCUCCUCGUCAUUUGGGAAAUUUCUUGAUCCAACUAUGGCCAAUGAUUUUGCAAAGGAUCUGAACAGCGAAUUUUUCAGUAGCACAUGCAUGACUUCAGGUAGCCAUGCCUCAACAUUAGAUCGGCUGUAUGCAUGGGAAAGGAAACUUUAUGAUGAAGUUAAGGUAAGUGGUAUAAUCCGGAGGGAAUACGAUAUGAAAUGUAAACUGCUGAGGCAUAAAGAAUCUGUGGGAGAAAAAUCCAUAAUGAUAGAUAAAACCCGAGCAAUUGUUAAGGAUCUUCAUUCUAGAAUCCGUGUUGCCAUCCACAGAAUUGAUUCAAUAUCAAAGCAAAUAGAAGGGAUAAGGGACAAGGAACUCCAACCACAACUCGAGGAGUUGAUUGAAGGUUUAACUAGAAUGUGGAGAAUGAUGCUCGACUAUCACACUCGUCAACACAACAUUAUCUCGUUGGUUUCCAGUAAUGACAGCACCAAAGUUCAUACACAAUCAAAAUCGGAACAGCAAGCCGCUGACCUUGUCUUCGAUUUGAAAUCUCUUUGUUCAAAUUUCUCAGGAUGGAUUGCAGCACACAAAUCUUAUCUUCAAGCUGUAAAUGAAUGGCUCCACAAAUGUGUACUAUCUCAUAAACAGAUGAGACGAAAGCAUCAACCGUUCUGUCCAAAAAGAGACAUAGCUCCUCCAAUUUUUGUCACCUGCCAAGAUUGGUUAGCUCUACUGGACAAACUUCCAACUGAGAAAGCUGUGUUGGCUAUAAACCAUCUAGUGAGUGCGGCAAGCGAUUUCUUACCUCAAGAUAAGGGUCAUCAGACUUCAAGGUUGUCCCUAUCGGUGUCGCGGAUAGCAGAGAAGAGUGGUGGUCUAUAUGUUCCAUUAAGUGAAUCCAAUGUGAAUUGGAAUCUCCAAUACAGCAACCUACUACUGCCUUUCAUGGACUUCCUAGACAAGCUAAAGAGUUUUGCAGACAGUUCAGUGUUGGAAUACGAAGCUCUCAAGAAGUCUAUCGAUGUGGCUCGAGAUGUUUAUGAGAAAACUAAAUUUAGAAAAUAUAAACUGCGUUUUUGCCUUAGUUCCUUGAAGUCAAGUUAGAAAAAAGAAGAAAAGAAAAGUUAUGUUUACUGUAAUUUCUAGAAUAAUGAUAGGGAGAUAGUUAUAGACACAAGUUGAGAGGAAUAAAGAGUCCUUUCGGAUGAGUUUAGUGGCUAGCAUAUGAUGUAUUGUUAUCAUGAGAUCAGAGGUUUGAAUAUCGGUAAAAUCGAGAUAAAUGUCUUUUUUAUGUGCUA